UAGUCCACCUCAUCCCCCAGAACAAUGGGCCACCACUUCUCAAACUCUGCUGGGAAUUGAAGUUUUUGCAUCUCAUCGUGUUAUGUCUUUUCCCACCGAAGAAACUACGACUCCCACAAUGCAAAGCGAGAUAGCGAGUGAUGCCACGCUGUACAUGCGCGCUAGAUUCUCUGCAGCCGCUGGUAAACAGAGACGUCAGCGAGAAGUUUUGUGGUGUCCAAAACAAAAGGGAAAGUGACUUUUAGCGCACGGAACCGGCAUAGAGGCUUCCAGAGCCAUAGGAUCGAGCACGGGGGAUCUCUGGGGCUGGACACCGGGCUCGGUGCUGGAACAUGACCGUGUAACCAGCGAGCGGUGAGAGCAACCGCAGAUUACCUGUCCGCCGCCUCACCUGCGCCUUGGCCGUGUCUGUGCGGGCGGCAUGGCUUGUGCAGGCUGAAUAUUCGACGUGUGAGGAGCCUGGAGGGAAGCCGUUACCGAGAGUGCACAGGGCCCAGCGAGCAGUAUAGGCCUCCGGAGAUCACGGCUAUGGAAGAAACCGAGGCGACUCCCGUGGACAUUGACCCAGACUUCGAGCCUCAGUCCAGACCUCGGUCGUGCACAUGGCCCCUUCCCAGGCCUGAGCUGUCUGUAGUGCAGCCCGCCGACCCCUCAGAGGAGAGCAGAGCAGAUCCCCCCGAUGUGUCCUCUCUGCUGCCUACUGAGGCCGAAGACAGAGUAUCCCUCUCUGAUGGACUGCUGGCUGCAGGAGUGACUCCCAAGAAAGGGGGAUCUAGGAGGAAUGCCUGGGGGAACCAGUCCUAUGCAGAACUUAUCACCCAGGCUAUAGAGAGCUCUCCUGAGAAAAGACUGACCUUGUCCCAGAUCUAUGAAUGGAUGGUGAAAACUAUCCCCUACUUCAAAGACAAAGGAGACAGUAACAGUUCAGCAGGCUGGAAGAAUUCAAUCCGUCAUAACCUAUCUCUGCACAGCAAGUUUAUUAAGGUCCACAAUGAAGCAACUGGUAAAAGCUCUUGGUGGAUGCUGAACCCAGAAGGUGGAAAAAGCGGUAAAGCACCACGUAGAAGAGCAGCAUCCAUGGACAACAGUAGCAAACUUGCAAAAGUGCGAAGUAAAGUGUCCAAGAAAAAAGCUCAAGGUCCUGGUGAAUCAACUGCAGGAAGCCCUGGCUCACAACCCCCCAAAUGGCCUGGCAGCCCUUCUUCACGGAGUGGUGAUGAUCCUGAUGUGUGGAACAGUUUUCGACCACGUACAGGUUCCAAUGCCAGUAAUCUCAGUAUUCGUCUAUCCCCUAUUUUGACUGAACCUGAUGAUGUUGCCGAUGAAGAGCUCCACUCUUCCCUCAGCUUCUCAAACAAUGUACCCCCUACUGUUUCAGAGGAAUUGGAGCUUAUUGACAGCUUAACAAUGCUGUCUUCAGGAGCACCACUACCUGCACCACAGCCUCUGAUGCAAGGAGCUCCAAAUUUCUCAAUACAUCCACCUCAAACUCUGUCUUUCGGUAACUCUCUGUUUGGCCCAACUGAUGCAUCUCCAGUGCGGGGCCCUUCUGGACAGUUUCAGCGACCACAGACUCUGGAAGCCCUUUUGACCUCUGAUUCACCUCCACCUAAUAAUGUUAUGAUGACACAGGUUGAUCCUAUCCUUGGACAGAGCGGUGGACAAAAUCCACUACUAAUGAUAGGUGGUCAGAGUAAAGGUAGGACACCUGAGCAACCAACUAUUUCUCUUAAUGCUUUGGUGGCUCCCAAUGCUCUUACAAUGCUAGGGCUUCCACCAGCCUCUUCUAUGCCAUCCCCUAAACCGAAUUCAUUUGGUGCAACAACAGAACGUCUUCCCACAGAUUUGGACAUGGACAUGAUCCUUGAGAAUUUGGAAUGUGACAUGGAAUACAUAAUUAACAAUGAGUUAAUGGAUGAAGGUGGUCUGGAUUUCAACUUUGAGUCCAUACAUCCUGGCACGAACCAGAGCAACAACCAUAGCUGGGUACCCAGUUAAGGACAGAUCGAGUAGGAGACUUCAUUUCAAUAUGGAUCCUGUGAAGAGUACUGGUGUUACAGACACAGUUCGUAGACAUGGCAAGCUCUCCAGCCACCAGCACUAUACUAUGCCUCAAAAUAGCACUAUACACAUGUUCACAUUGGCUCAAAUAGAGACAAAGCUGACAUGCAAUGGAUUGUGAGCAUUCUUCACUCUGCCAUUCCUGAGGUUGCACAAUAUUUUGCUUGUCACACAGGUCAUUUGGCAGUGCCAUAUUUAUGAGUUCAAGAACAGACUUGCCAGAAACAGUUUAAAUGAGUUUGUAAUGCAGCAACACUGUUUGCAAACCUCGGUGGAUGUAUGCUAGGUUUUUUGUAUUGUCCGAGGUAAACCAACAGCUUUUUAGAGUAACCAAACAGGUUAUUGAUUGUAGGUUUUACAGAACCAUGACCCUGGUCACAGUUUUACCAGAAUCUUUUCUUGGAGAUUUUACAGUUCCUUAAAGGGGUAUUCCAGCCCCAGAAUUUUUUUUUUUAUAAGGCAAGCCAGGGUUCUAAAAA